AUGGCGGAGUGCGUGCAGAGGUCGUGGCCUAGUGGAGAGUGGAGCGAUGAAGGCCCUCAGCUGGAGAAGCAGAAGUCUGAACAGGUCUUAGAGGAGCUGGAGGAACCUCGCUCCAUGAAGAUGGCAGCACAGUCCCACACUGCCGGUGAGCUUCCCUUGGAGGAGCUGCUGGCUUUGUACGGUUAUACGGUGUCAGAUCCAGAGAAGGAGACCUGUCACAUGGCUGCCAGCCUGCCAGACAUGACACUGGACAAGGAUCAGAUAACUGAGGAUCUGUUUCCUGUGGAGGAGGAAGAGGAGUCAUCAGCCGAUGAUAUCACCCCCUCCGUCACCUCAAACACCUCAGACCUGCUCCGUCGCCUCCAAGGUGGAGACAAAGACCCAUUGGUCAGCUCGUCAGAUGAGGACUCUGAUGACGCCUCUAUUCCCUCCAAUGAAGAGCACAAGGAGAUCAUGGUUGGCUCCAUGUAUCAGGCAAAAAUCCCUCCAGUCAGCCCCUACACCCACCAGGAGAGAGCCUACAGCGGUGACGACCAGCUGCUGUGGAGGCCGGAGGUUCUGCCGGUGCAGGAGGUGGAGGAGUUCCUGCUGAAUGUACAGAGACCACGAGGCCAGGAGGGGGCAGUGUUCACACAAGGGGCCGCUGUCCAGGACAACGAACAGGCGCUGUAUGAACUAGUGAAAUGCAACUUCAAUGCAGAAGAGGCACUGAGGCGGUUACGCUUCAAUGUCAAAGUGUUUAGUGAGGAGCUCUGUUCCUGGAGCGAGGAGGAGUGCAGGAACUUUGAGCACGGCUAUCGAGUUUACGGGAAAAACUUCCACCUCAUUCAGGCUAACAAGGUACGAACGCGCUCUGUGGGCGAGUGCGUGGAGUAUUACUACAUGUGGAAGAAGUCCGACCGGCACGUGUACUUUACCCAACAGGCCACCAGGCUGAGCCGCAAGAAGUACAGCCUGCAAUCAGGGAGCAUGGAGGACGGGGACCAGGACGGGGAGGUCGGGGAUCUGGAGGGAAGCAACAGUUCCUCAGGGUUGUUGUCUCACGCCUCCAUGGGCACUGGGCAGCUGGAGUCCACGUUACCUCCACAGUCGAACCUGGAUCUGGACAAACAAGAUGGGGAGCUGGUGAUGGGCCUGUCAGAGCUGUGCGGUGACGAAUGUCCUCAGCAGCUGUUUGGAUGUCCCUUCUCCCUCACGCCCAUCGAUGACCUGCGGGACUCUGGCUCAGACGGUUGCUGUCCUUCGGCUCCGGUCCAGCUCCAGUCUCAGCCGUCUGCUCAGAGCUCCCAGUGGGCCUGCGGGAGCUCUCCGUCCCGCCACGACGACCGCGGCCUCCCAAACUCCUGCUUCUACCAGCUGCACAUGCGCGGCGGACCUUUCGUCUCCGAGGGCCCCGACUGCGGUACAGCAGGCGGCGAGGCUGGCGCCCCCCAUCGGCUGCAGGUGGAGUUCAGCCUCCCGUCCGCCUCACCUCCUUCAUCUGCUGUCCUCCCGUCACACUUCCAGGCCUUCGGCAGCCUGCUGCACCCCUCCCCCGUCCAGCAUCCCCGCUCGCUCACACAGUGAGGAGAUGGGCUGAACUGAGUGCUGCUCUUUGUGAUUCGUCCCGCGUGGAGAUCUUCGAUUGUCUUCACACCGGGGCUAAAGAACAAGAAGUGCAUUUACCAAACUGUUUUUUGGACACGAUGGACCUACUGGCGGUGUUGGAGGGACGUUCUCAUCCGUCUGAUCCUGUUUUUAAACUGAGACACUUGAACCCUCUGUCCGAUGUGGAAUGACGAGCGUGUUAAUCACUACUUUCAGGCAUUGAUUACGUGUAUAUGAACAGUUGAUCACCACGGCGCCGUUCUGUGGGUCGGUUAUAAUGAACACAUGUGAAAGCACAGAGAGCUGCUGUCCAUGUUUCUGCUCUUAAACACAUCAUGAUUGACAACGUUAACCACUGCUGCUUGUUUUCUUAUUUAUCAGGACGGAGAAGUUUGACCUGCUGCUCAGAUUUGUUCCAGAUUCUGACCACGAGCCAGUCGUGUGCUUCUCUACGUCCUUCAUAUUGAAUCGGCACUUUGAGCGCUGCAGCCGGUUCACAUCCGUCGCUUCGUGUCACGACGUGGUGGCUGGAGCUCCAGAUCCGUAGAGUAGUUUAUUUAAACGUGAGCUUCACAUCUUCUCCUCUGAGUCUGUAACUGGCUCUCGGUUUUUUUCGGUUUCGCCUCUUUCUUUCUCUUUGCGUGUUUUUAGAUUUUUGGCACAGAAGUGGAGAGUUUAGUUUAAAUGAGCUGAAAUGAAAGAAUAUUUCCUAAUUUGAGCGCGGUGCGGUGCAGGAGCUACGAGGAGCGCUGUGGUUUUGCUUUUUUUGUUUGUUUUAGUGAAUAUUUUCAUCCUUGUUCUUCCCUUAGAAACGUAUUCUGGGAUGUUUGAAGGUGCAGUGCUUUGGCAGGACUGAUGGACCACUCUGAUGGUUCGGCCCGUUUAACGUGCAGAAUAGGCUCAAAAUAAAAUAAAACCCGUACACGCCAGGUUCCUCAGGUUCUGCAGAUUUGACGGUAUCCAAACCCCUCGAUGAGCAGCGAGAGUCUGAACACGUGUUUAACAUCCAGAGGUUGUGUUGUUGCAGCUCGAUGGUCCAGCGGUGAAGACCGACGCUGUGGUCCAAACAUCUCUGACGUGGAGGUUCAGGCAUCGUGAUCCAGUGGAACACGCUGGCCUCUAUCAGAAAGCAGGUGUACGAUGAUGUUUGCUGAGAAACAUCUGGGCCGUGUUGGACCAGAGGAUGCUCCAGAUGUGAGCAUGUUCUGGGUUUCAGGUAGAUCCAUGAGUAGAGCUCCUUCUGCAGCAAGCCGCUGCAGAGCUGGUCUGCUCUGGAGAACCAAAACGGACUUAAAACGACGAAGCGUUCCCAUAACGUCCACCGACUGAAGACUGACUGGCUUAAACUCACACUGGUGUUCAAAGAAAGCGCAUCCCUCCGUAGAACUGUAGUGAUCGUCCGAUAGCCUCGGCGUACGGCGAUGCUUCUCCCGGCCUGCGUCAGAGCGACCUGCAGGGGGCGACGCUGGGUCAGGACCUCCUCCAUUCUGUUUUCCAUUAAGAUGAUGAACUGAAGCAACUUGAGGGCCACAAAUGCAGUGUUUUACCAAAACUCUUGUAUACAGGUUGUACAUUUUGCAAUAUUUUUUGAUGGAAUCUGUCACAUGUUAGUUAGCUUUGCCUUAACUAUGAAUAAAUAUCUUUUGUGUAUAUUUCCA